CUCAGCCUGGACCAUUCAAUAUUGUCUUGAUACACAUACAAUAGUCUCCCAAAUUCACAUAGGUGUCAAUGCAGAAUCAUGAUGGGUCUCAACGGUGUGCCAUCAUGAUACGCUAUGUGACUAUCAUUGGACGUUGAUAUCCGUUAGCUGCGGCUCUAAAACUGAUUUUUGGCACCUUGCCAUAAUAUUAUUAUUUUGAGUCAUUUUCAUGGCAUCGCUUUGAUGAAGAUGACAAUGAUAGCACCAGCCAAUAUCCAAUACAAACAUCUCUCCGCUCCAAACCGCUGAAUAUGACUAGCAGAGUCCUUGUACCGACCUUAGGGGCUGUCUUGAUUGGCAACUUUAUCUCGACUACACUGUAUGGCAUGACGUCUAUGCAGAUAUACUACUACUACUCGAAAUUUUGGAACAAGGACGCUAGGAAUAUCAAAUCUGUCGUCUUACUCCUCUGGCUUCUUGAGACUGUCCACACAUUUCUCAUAUGUUCCUUCACAUGGCGUUCCUUAGUACUAGAAUUUAAUGAUCCUGCCGCUCGCGCGAGAACGCAAGUGUCUGACGACGUAACAACAGGCAUCACGGGUUCAAUCAUUUUCUUGGUCCAUUGUUUCUAUGCACGUCGGAUAUGGAUUUUGAGUUUACGCAAUAAAUUGUUGGUUAGCAUCGUGUCCAUCCUGGCUGUCUGUCACUUUGUACUCGAAAUCGGUGUCAUGGCUUUGACUUUCAAAUGGCCCGAAUUCUCUCAAUUUCACAGGAUAGAACCAUAUUAUACAGCAUCUCUCGCUGUUGCUGCAGCAAAUGAUAUCAUCAUCACUGUAUCAAUAGUCUACCUUUUGGCCAGCAGACGUAGUGGGUUGAAAAGCACAAACACAAUUGUCUCCAGAAUUAUAUCAUAUGUCAUUAGCUCUGGGGUUUUAACAAGCGUGACAGAUGUUGCUAUCUUGAUUUGCUUUGUCACUAUGCCUGGCAACUUAAUCUAUCUUGCACUGUACCAAUUCAUCAAUAACCGUAUGUGUUCUACAAUAUCAAUAUUCAAUGUCUGCGAUAAAGGUACUGAUAUUGAUCCAGUUUAUGCGAACUCUUUGUUAGCUACUCUUAAUGCGCGGGAGUCACUUAGAGAAGUCCCGGCAUCGGCCAACAUUCUUUCACAAGGUGUUAUUUUGUCAGAUUUCCGAGCCAUGCCGGGAUCCCAUUCUCAUGUUGAAUUGGAGGCUGAUGGAUCUUCCACCAAGGAACCAACAACCCUAACAAGACUCUCGUUUGGGAGUUCAGAACCUGCAUACAACAAGUUCUCUUGAUGCGGCGCCACGAGUUGACCCAAUCCAGACUUCAGAGAGGGAACAGAAAUUACUUCUCGCCAAUUAAACUUGAAUAGAAGCUUUGGGACGCUGACAAGCAAUAUAUUUAUUUUACAUGAUAUGGAUAGUGAAUCUACUUAUAUAUAAUAGUACCACUGGUAUCACGAUGUCACUCCUUCAGGCUGCCCAAAUUAUUAAUAAUCCGACA